CGAGACCGGGAUUGCUGGGGGAAAAUCGGCAAGUUUCUCAAGGUUCUCGCUGCGGAUUCUUACAACUUUGAGUGACGUGUCCGGACCCGGAGGCACUCGGAGGUUUAAAUACCUCUGGAGAGCCUGUGUGCCGCGCGGGACCGAACCCAGGGAAGUGUUGGUGGAGUCGGUCUGUGGAAGCCGUCUGACGGGAGCUGAUGCCCGAGGCCCACGAUGGCCCAGCGGGCUGUAUGGCUCAUUCGCCAGGAACCGGGGACUCCACCUUGCGGCACCGUCAGAUUCUCCAGACGAUACCCUACUGUUGAAAAACGAGCAAAAGUCUUCAAUGGAGCAAGUUAUGUGCCCGUACCCGAAGAUAGUCUCUUUCUUAAAGCACUUCUCUUUGAAUUUAGAUUAUUAGAUGAUGAUAAGGACUUUAUGGAGAGUCGGGAUAGUUGUUCACACAUCAAUAAAAUAUCCAUCUAUGGACUUCCAGUAGGAGGUCAAGAACUCUGGCCAGUAGUUGCUUUUCUGAGGAAUGGCAUGAUAUAUGCCAGUUUGCCACUAGUUGAACAAACUCUGUCUCCGGCUCCACCAAUAAUUAGCAUUAGUGGAAUUUCUCAAGGCUUGGAACUUCUUUUUGGGAUACAAGAUUUUCUUUCCUCUGGUCAGAAAAAUGACACUGAGCUACAUACAAGAUUGAGUCAGUUACCUGACUUGCUUCUUCAGGCUUGUCCAUUUGGUACUUUAUUAGAUGCUAACUUACAGAAUUCAUUGGAUAAUAUUAAUUUUGCUUCAGUGACUCCACUCCCAAAACAGCCAGCUUGGAAAGCUGGAACAUACAAAGGAAAACCACAGGUUUCUAUUUCUAUAACUGAAAAGGUAAAAUCCAUGCAGUAUGAUAAACAGGAUGUAGCAGACACAUGGCAAGUUGUUGGAGCAGUCAUUUGCAAGUGUGAUUUGGAAGGAAUCAUGCCAAAUGUUACUGUCAGCUUGAGUCUCCCCACCAAUGGAUCUCCACUUCAAGAUAUCCUAGUUCAUCCUUGUGUAACUUCUCUCGAUUCUGCCAUGCUGACUGCUAGUAGUAUUGAUGCAAUGGAUGAUUCUGCUUUUAGUGGGCCUUAUAAAUUUCCAUUCACUCCACCUUUAGAAUCAUUCAACUUAUGCUACUAUACUUCCCAGGUCCCUGUUCCACCAAUUUUGGGUUUUUAUCAAAUGAAAGAAGAAGAAGUACAACUAAAAUUAACAGUUACUUUAAAACUUCAUGAAAGUGUGAAAAAUAAUUUUGAAUUCUGUGAAGCUCAUAUACCCUUUUACAAUAGAGGUCCAAUCACACAUUUGGAAUACAAAGUUAGUUUUGGCCAGCUUGAUGUAUUUCGAGAGAAAAGCUUAUUGGUCUGGACUAUUGGCCAGAAGUUCCCCAAAUCAAUGGAAAUUAGUCUUUCUGGAACUGUAACUUUUGGAUCCAAGAGCCAUGAUAAACAACCAUUUGACCACAUUUGUAUUGGCACAACAGCAUAUGUAAAGCUUCAUUUUAGGAUCCUGGAUUAUACACUCACAGGAUGUUAUGUUGAUCAGCAUUCAGUUCAAGUUUUUGGGUCAGGAAAACCAAAAAUAAGUGCACGACGGAAACUAAUUUCUUCUGAUUAUUACAUCUGGAAUUCUAAAGCCCCUGCUCCAGUAACAUAUGGAUCAUUGUUAUUGUAAUUUUCUCAUUUUUAAAUGGGAUUUGUAUAGUGGUAACAUAGCUUAAGUAGAAUCAUACUUAAUCAUAGUCAUUGUCUUUAAACCUGUAUUUGGAAAAUCUGACUGAAAAAAUGUCAUUAAUGAUUUAGUUAUAAAAAUACUCAUAUUUAAUGUGUUUUGUCUGAUA